AUGCCUCCUGAUCCGAACUCAACCGAGUGGGUGUUUCUCAAGUGCCUUCUUCUCCCCAGAUCAAACUUGACAUUUCAGAGAAUCAUCUUUACUCAAAUUCCACUCAAGAACUACAUAUUACCUUUCUCUGUCCUUGUUCGAAAUGUCUGGCUCAGGCCGGGACAUGUAGCCAUGGGGCAACCGUCGACUUUUGAAUGCCUCGGAGGCGUCCACUUCAUCUCGAUCUGCGUCUCUCGAAAUGGCACUUCUUGCCAGACCCUUGAAGACCAGCUUGCUCAGGAGUACGCUGAUAAAACUCCCGAAGCUCGUCUCAAGCGCUUGCUUUCAGUCCGCACAGUUGUUUCAACAGCCUCUUCGUUCGCAGAGCGUCAGCAGGCUGCGAUGGGUGUCCUGGUCGACUUCCGCGAGAUUGGCACCGGAUCCAUUGGCAAAGUGUUUGAGCAUCCUGGAACUGUCUUUGCGUACAAGCUCCCUCUCCUCGACGACUCCGCCAAGCUUUGGAACAACUAUAUUCGGCCAAGUCGGGAUUCCUCGAUGCUUCUGGUUUGCAGUCCCUCAGACAGAGGCUUUUUUUGGUACGAGAACCUUCAUCGAUUUCCCAACACUGAGCAGUUCCCGCGCCAGCCUCGCAACAUUCUGUGCUUGGAGCGAAUCUUUCCCCUUCCCAAGCCCACCCGGGAGGCUUUGAUCGACAAGUACUGUCCUGCCUGGAUCAAAAGCCAGAUCUCUGCAAACGAAGCCAGCAAAGACUGCUUGAUUCGUCCCUACCUUGGUUGUGUGAAGUACAGCAGCGGUCAACAGUUCUUCUCCCUGCACAACUUCCAGCUUCAUGCCAAUCAAGUCCUGGAUCUCGGCAUGGAUGCUACUGAGCUUCUUUCUCCCUUGAAAGAGGAGCAGGCUGUGCGAAACAUCAUCAACCUACGUCAGAUCCUUGCUUUGCGCCCCAACUCGAGCACCUACGAAGUCGCAACCCACAGCAACGUCGACUUUCCGAAGAGACUGACUUCUCUUUGGUUGAUCGAUUUUGAUGACUGCCACGACAUAGCCAUGGAUAUGGAUGACCAAUCACUACUGCCCCAAGCCGAGCACUGGACACUGCUCCCGACCGUCGCGGAAGCUCUGUUUCUCGUGGAAGCUCAAGCUCUCCUGCCCGAGGCGGCCCUACCGCCAGCAGCGGUUCGCGCCGCCGCGGUACCCACGACUCUGGUCGUGGUGGCUCGCGUCGAAGUGCAAGUGAACAAAGCUGGCGAGGCAGCCGGGACUGAGCACUCCCUUGCUAAGUUCGGCGGCGCCGCUCAGCCAGCAAACCCCCCGCUGGCAACCGAAGAACUAGGCUUGAUUGUCGUGCUGUAA